GUUAAUUCAUGCUCAGCAGCUGUUAACGGGUUUUACGACUUCCUAGUUCCGAAUUUCUCAUUUUUUUUCUAUUUGCAAGGAAUUGUUAUUGUAGCGUAGGUGUCAGGUGAUGAGUGAAUAGCAAAAAAUUAAAAAAAUGAAAACGUAAAAAAUUACGUUUUGACACAAACAAACGCUUUACUGCCAAUUAAAAAACUAUAUUGCCAAACCAUGGACAGCUCAAAGAAGCCCAGCAAACCUAAUCCUCGAAAACAUGCCAAUUUUUUAUCACAAUUGCUAUUCGUUUGGGCAAUUCCAACUUUAUACAAAGGUUCAAGGAAAGGACUUGGACAAGAUGAUCUCACAAAGUGCCUUAAAAUUGAUCGAUCUGAAGUUUUAGGUGAUAAGCUUGAAGAUCAAUGGUUUAAGGAAGUAACACGUGCUAAUAACAAAGGAAGACAACCAUUACUACGCAAUGCAAUGCUUCGAACAUUUUGGACAUCAUGCGUUGUAGAUGGUUUUAUAUGCGUAAUUUAUAUAUUUAUAAAGUCUACUUUGCCAGCGGUGCUUGCACAACUUCUCGUUCAAUUCCAAGUACCAAUACAAUCAAACAAUAUAGCAGUUAAUAUUACGGUCACAAAUCGCACAAGUCGGAGUCUCGCAGAUAGCAGUGCAGGAAAUAAUGUGCUGGACAAUGGUGACACAAAAAACGGCGGCGACAAUAUCAAUGCAUUUAACAGUGAUGCCUCAACAACGGAGGGAUUUAUGGGGCUAAUCGCUUAUAUGUGGGGCGACGUUUAUUCGCUAGCGGCUAUUUUGAUUAUUGCAACAUUAAUUGGUUGUUUUUUAAACCAUCAUGUCGAUUUGAGACAAAGGCUAUUGGGUGCACGAAUGAGAAUUGCCUGUUGUUCAUUGAUUUAUAGAAAGACUCUUCGCUUGUCGAAAAAAACAGCAGGUACCACACCCGCUGGUUAUUUAGUUAAUCUUCUAUCAAACGAUGUAAAUCGAUUGGACUAUGGUUUUAUUUACAUACACUGGAUAUGGAUUCUUCCAUUCCAAUCGGUACUUAUUUGCUAUUUAAUAUGGCAAAAGAUUGGUAUUGCCGCACUUGUAGGUGUAGUGGGUCUUCUCCUAAAGACGAUCCCUGUGCAAACAGGUUUAAGCAAACUAUCUUCAAAACUUCGAAUGAAAAUCGCCUAUAGAACAGACAAUCGUGUCGGAAUAAUGAACGAAAUAGUUCAAGGAAUACAGGUUAUUAAAAUGUAUGCUUGGGAAAAGCCUUUUCAGUCUGUAGUUGCUGAAGCUAGACGUCGCGAAAUUAAACAAAUUCGAUAUGCAUCAUACUUACGUGGUUUUUACUUAAGUACAAUGGUUUUCACGGAGCGUUCCACAUUGUAUAUAACAAUUGCAGCGGCUGUUUUAUUAGGACAAGCAGUUACAGCAGAUGUUGUAUUUUCUAUGGCUCAAUAUUAUAAUAUCCUUCAGUUGGUAGCAGCUAUUUGGUAUCCAUUAGCCGUAUCGUUUGGAGCAGAAGCCUUAGUUUCUAUUGAACGUAUUCAAAACUACCUUAUGUUAGAGUCUCAUGACGAAAAGGCUUUGGGCCUAACGCAAAAGACUGACUUCUCUACAGUUGAGAGUAACUCGCAGGCAAUAUUACUCAAAGAAGUCGAUGCAAACUGGGAUAAUACAAAAGGAUCGACUACAUUACAAAAAAUCAAUAUUGAUAUAAGAAAAGGACAACUAUGUGCAAUUAUUGGACCAGUUGGAGCAGGAAAAAGUUCACUUUUACAAUUACUUCUUGGAGAACUUCCAAUCAUAGAUGGAAAUGUUCUUAUUCAUGGUGAUAUUUCGUAUGCCUCUCAGGAGCCUUGGCUCUUUACUGGAACCGUUAGAAGUAAUAUAUUGUUUGGUGAAACAUAUGAUAGAAAACGUUAUCAUGAUAUAACAAGAUGUUGUGCACUAGCAGCUGAUUUUGAACAGCUGCCAAAUGGAGAUAAAACUAUUGUGGGUGAACGUGGAGCAUCAUUAUCUGGUGGUCAAAGAGCGCGGAUUAGUUUGGCAAGAGCCAUCUAUAAGCAAGCUGCAAUUUAUCUAUUUGAUGAUCCUUUAAGUGCAGUCGAUGCACACGUUGGCAAGCAUUUGUUUGAUGAAGUUAUUGGACCACGAAGUCGUUUGGCAAAUGAAAAAUCAACUCGCCUCUUGGUAACACAUCAAGUACAUUUUCUGACUGAAGCUGAUUGGAUUGUUAUCAUCGAAGAUGGCAAAAUAUCCCGACAAGGAACAUACAAUGAACUUGCAAAUAGUGAUUUAGAUUUUGCAAAACUAUUAGAACGUCCAGAAACUGAAAAAGAUAAUGAAUCUAAUUUGACUGAUAGCAUGAGCGUCAGCCAAGACUUGACUAUAUACGAAGAAGAAGAAAUACCUUAUAUUGAUGGCGUUCGCGGUUAUCAAAUGCUUCGACAACGUGCUAGUUCCAGUGCAAGCUCUUUUAGAAAAUCGACUAGUUCCGAUAAAGAUUUAACAGACAAUCAGGAAAUUCAAGAAGAUCAAGCCGAAGGUGGAGUUUCUGGUCGAGUUUGGAAAAACUACUUCCUGGCGGGAGCAAGUGUUCCUGCACUUUGUGUUCUUGUUUUUGUUUUGAUAUUAUCUCAGGUCGUUUGCAGUGGAUCAGAUUAUUUUGUAAAUAUUUGGACCCAACAAGAGUUCUUAAGGACUGCUAAUAAACCAACAAUGUUAACAACAUAUGAAUGCUUGUAUAUUUACGGCACACUUAUUUUACUCGUUGUUGUGAUGACUAUAUUACGUGGUUUCCUAUUCUUCAAAGUAUGCAUGCAUGCUUCUAAAGUUCUCCAUGAUCGAAUGUUUGGUUCAAUUCUUCAUGCUACCAUGCGUUUCUUCGACUCAAAUCCAUCGGGUAGAAUUUUGAACAGGUUUUCAAAAGAUAUGGGUGCUAUUGAUGAAUUUCUACCAAAAGCCAUGAUGGAUUUCGUUCAAAUUGCUUUAGUUAUGUUUGGUAUUCUCAUAUUGAUAACAAUUGUCAAUCCGAUAUUGAUUGCAAGUCUGGCAAUUGCGGUGCUGGUGUACCUUUUAGUAUUGAAAAUCUAUCUUAGACCUUCACAAGAUUUGAAACGUUUAGAGGGAAUUUGUCGUAGCCCGGUGUUUUCUCAUCUUUCUGCUAGUCUUACUGGUAUUUCAACUAUAAGAGCUCGAGGUUUACAAGAUGUCGUAGCCAGGGAAUUUGAUAAUUUGCAAGAUGUUCAUAGCGCUGUAUGGCAAUUAACAAUGUCUGCUAACACUGCUCUAGGUCUUUGGCUGGAUUGUGUUAGUUGUUGUUUCCUCACAACAGUGGCAUUUAGCUUUAUAUUUUUGCAUAACCAAACAUUCAGCGGUAAUGUGGGCUUGGCCAUAUCACAAGCUAUGAUUCUAACUGGAAUGGUUCAAUAUGGAGUAAGGCAAGUAGCUGAAUCACUUCAGCAGAUGACAAGUGUGGAGCGUGUCCUUCAGUAUACCGAUCUCGAACAAGAGAGUGAAAUUGAUAAGAAACCUCCUGCAAAUUGGCCAGCAAAAGGAGAAGUUCAAUUUAAAGACAUGUCGCUGCGCUAUGAUCCUGAUGGUUUGCCUGUUUUAAAACAUCUAAAUAUAACAAUACAACCUGGCUGGAAAAUUGGUGUUGUUGGUCGAACAGGAGCUGGAAAAUCUUCUCUUAUUGGAGCGCUUUUCCGAUUGUCGAAUAUUGAAGGUGAAAUCUAUAUUGAUGGCAUUGAAACUGGAACUAUUUCAUUGGAAAUAUUGCGUUCGAAGAUCUCUAUUAUACCACAAGAUCCAGUUUUAUUCUCCGCUACAAUACGAUAUAAUUUGGAUCCAUUUGGGCUUUAUGAGGAUGCUGAUUUGUGGAGAGCUCUAUCGGAAGUUGAACUAAAACAGGCUAUACCGAGCCUUGACUAUAUGGUUACAGAAAGGGGAAGCAAUUUCAGUGUGGGACAGAGACAAUUGGUUUGUCUUGCGAGAGCGAUAUUGCGAAACAAUAAAGUUCUGGUUUUAGACGAAGCUACAGCUAAUGUUGAUCCACAAACUGAUGCACUUAUUCAAAGAACAAUUCGUGUUAAAUUUAAGCAAUGUACUGUACUUACUGUUGCUCAUAGACUUCAUACAGUUAUGGACUCAGAUCGAAUUCUUGUUAUGGAUGCAGGAUCUGCCAAGGAAUUUGACAUUCCUUAUAUACUACUUAAGAAUCCGAAUGGCGCAUUAAGACAGAUGGUUGAAGCAACAGGUCCUAAUGAUGCAGACUAUCUUAAGAAAAUUGCUCGUGAUGCAUAUAAAUCUAUAUCUUCUGACAAUUAAUUAGAAUCGUGUCGUGUAUUUUUCUACUUAAAAAAAAAACUUAAAGAAUUACUUAAGAAAAAAAAAUAUUUACUUAAUUUUGUUAUUUUUGUUUUUGUAUAUUAUUAAUGUAAUCAAUACCUCUUAAGCACAAGGUAUUUCGCGCUAAGGAAACAAAAAAAAAUAAUAUAUUGAACUUUUUGCUCUGUGCCUUUUGUAAAGAUUUAAACUAUUGUCUUAUUGUUAUGUUAAUUAAGUAUAUAGUAGAUAUAAUAUUAUAUGUAUACACUCUUUCAAAGAUUUAUAACGCUUAUAAUUA